UUUGUUGUACAAUUCGGCACAACACAUUCCGACGGCAUUUUAAUGAAAUUUUAAUUAAACAGAUAUGAUAUAUGAGUUAUGAUAUAUAGUCAUUUAAAAAAAAAAGAACUCUUACUAUGCGAUCACAGUGCCAUACGGCUAGCGGUUAACUCAAGAAACUUUUGACAUUCAUUAAGAGCCUUACCCCCACCAUGAGAGUUUCCAGACCUGUGUAUACGACCGUGGUUAGUAGCAUCUCUUGGAAGAACACACACCAAGUUUCAGCCAGAUCGGUCUAUUUCUUUGUGUUUGGAUUCGUUUGAAUCGAGGAAGUCGAGUGAUUUUCAAAAAAUGGGCGACAAAGAAUUUCGUGUGUUGAUUAAACAUUACUUUAUGAAAGGCAAAACGCCUCAGGAGACUAAAGAGAAGCUUGAUAAACAUUAUGGUGAUUCUGCACUUUCGAUUAGAACAGUUUAUAAGUGGUUUCAAAAUUUUCGGAGUGGCCAUAUGGGCACAAGUGACGUUAAACGUUUUGGACGCCCUGUUGAGGUUACUACUCCAGAAAUCAUUGAUAAAAUCCAUGAUAUGGUGAUGGAUGACAGAAGAGUGAAGGUGCGUGAAAUUGCUAGUGCUGUGAGCAUCUCGAAUGAACGGGUACAUAAUAUUUUGCAUCAACAUUUGGACAUGACAAAGCUAUUCGCAAGAUGGGUGCCGCGAUUGCUCACGCUUGACCAAAAACGCAAUCGUGUGAAGUGUUGCAAGGACGGUUUGCAGCUGUUCCAGAAGAAUCCACAGGACUUUAAGCGUCGUUUCGUCACUGUGGAUGAAACAUGAAUACAUCACUACACUCUGAGAUCAAAGAACAAUCUAAACAAUGGGUUACCAAGAGGGAAUCUGCGUCAAAAAGGCGAAGACCGUUCCUUCGACCGGAAAGAUUAUGGCGACUGUCUUUUGGGAUUUGCAAGGAAUAAUCCUCAUCGACUAUCUGGAAAAGGGUAAAACUAUUACAGGUGCAUAUUAUUCAUCGUUAUUGGACCGUUUGAAAACCGAGCUGCAAGAAAAACGCCCACGAUUGGCCCACAAAAAAGUCCUUUUCCAUCACGACAACGCACCAGCUCAUGCCUCAGCAGUUGUGGUCGCAAAAUUAAUGGAAAUAGGGUUCCAACUCGUUGCACA